GUGCCGGGGGGCGGCGCCUUGGCCGGCCCGGGGGGACGGUGCAUGGAGGAGGGGUGGGUGUCGGUGCCGGGCCGUGUGUGCGGCUGUGUGUCUGUCUCUGUGUGUGUGCGUGUGUGUGUGUGUGUGUGUGUGCGUGUGUGUGUGUGUGUGUGUGUGCGUGUGUGUGUGUGUGUGUGUGUGUGUGUGUGUGCACGCCCGGGCGCGGCGGCGGCGCUGGGUCAUGUUUGUGUUUGAGGUUGUCAAGUGAAGGAGGCUCCCGGCACCCCCCCUUCCUCCCCCCCCUCCCGCCGCCGCCGCGCAGGGGUCGCCGCGUUCCCCGCCGCCGCCAUCAGCCGCCGCCGCCGCGCCGGCCCCUCCGCCAGCAUAUGGAUUAACUGACUGCUUUGACAAGUUUAUGGAGCUGCCAUCUCUCUGCUUGCUGUACUUUCCAUUUCUGAGAGGAGAAAGUGGUGUAUGAGAUUAGAGGAAAAUGCCUCGGACAAAGCAGAUACACCCCAGAAAUCUGAGAGACAAAAUUGAAGAAGCACAAAAACAACUUAAUGGAACAGAAGACCAACAGAGAGAAAUCACCGAUGCUGGUACUAGAGGAACCCAAGAUACAAUUAAGGGUGUGAAAAGAAAAAAGAUUGUGACUGAAAACCAUCUAAAAAAAAUACCAAAAUCGCCUUUGAGAAGCCCCGCCGAAGCCAAGGUUAAGCAAAAUGUAGACUCUUCACUGCUAAAAGCUCUUCCAGAUGCCUCCGAACACGCCACGGCUCAGGAUCACCUACCCGUGCAAAAUGGAAAUCAAUGUACCAAACAAAAUGGGGGAGCGCUUAGUAGUGAGAUAAGUGUUGAAACAAGCAAAUCUGAGACAUCAUUGCAGACAAAGCUGUCACUGACGCAUCAGUCCUUGGAUUUGGGUAAACAGGCAGCAGGGGAUACUGAUGCAAACCAAUUGAACUCACCAGAGAAGUCUCUCUCAAACUCCUCAUCAAGUAAAACCAAGACUGACAGUAAUGAAUGUAUUAGUUUUGUUGAUUGCAGUACGUCAUCCCCAUGUACACGUACUGCAUUCGAUGUCUUAUUAAAAGCUAUGGAGCCUGAACUGAACACCUUAGCACAAGAGUGCCCCCCUUAUGGGAUGCAGAUAGAGAAACUGAGACCAAAUAAAACUGUAAGCACCUCUUCUAGUCUCACAUCCAAUACGAGCGUCCAAAAUCAGUCUGCUUUGUCACAGCGUGAGUUUGCAGCUGGACCUCACUAUUACCCGUGUACAUUAAACAAUGCGCAUGUAGCAACAACAACCAAGACUGGGCAAGCACAAGGCCAAUCGGUUUCUCAUUCGCAAGACCUUAUUACUAAAACCAGUCAACAAAAUCACCAGGUUGUUAUGUGUCCAAGUUUCACUAGAUCGCUGGUACAGAGUCAAGAAAACCCCAAGCUCCAGCAGAUAUACAGCAUAGCAGUAACUUCAACUGUCGUUCACACCUCAUCUUCCACUGUAUCUCAGGUUUUUCCUCAAAACCAGUUAGUAGCUAGUUCAUCUUCACCUUUGUCAAUUAGCACAUCAAGUUCAACACACUUGUCUAUAGGUCCCAUGUAUAAUUCAGCCCAGACAGCAUCAGUUGUAAACCAUGGUGCAGAACAAAUAUGUAGCCUCUUGAAAGACCAGAAGCCUAAAAAGCUAGGGAAAUACGUCUGUGAAUAUUGCAAUCGGGCCUGUGCCAAGCCCAGCGUUCUCCAAAAGCACAUCAGAUCCCAUACUGGAGAGCGACCGUAUCCUUGUGUGACGUGUGGGUUUUCGUUUAAAACCAAAAGCAAUCUGUACAAGCACAAAAAAUCUCAUGCACAUGCUAUCAAACUUGGGCUUGUCCUACAACCAGAUUCAGGUGGCCUCUUCUUAUCUCAUGACUCGGACAAAGCACUUAGCAUUCAUUCAGAUGUGGAAGAGAGUGGUGAAAGUGAAGAUGAAGGCACGGCUGAUGAAAGACAAGAUGAUCAAGAACUGGAGCCUGCACAAAUAGUGAAAGUAAUUUCAAGUGCAGAAACAUUACAGAAAGGAAGCCCUACUCCAGUAAGCAACCCGGACUGCAUACCGGGUGACUCUUCAUUACAUGAUACAGAACCUCAAGUAAGGGCAGCUUUACCAAAAGUUGUAGUUCAUCCUGUAAAUGUUUCUCCCUUAAGGGCCGAUAGCCCAAAGGUAACAGAGCCAGCACCUGAGCUUGCUGCAGCACAGAGAAAAGGAGAUUUUAAAGUGACAACUCUUCAGUCAAAUUUAACACAUACAUCCUCAUUCAAGGAAAAUGAUGUAAAGCAACAUCAGAAAGUAGAAAUGGGCCUAUUAGAGGAACAGCUGGGAUCUGCAGUAGGAGCAGUGCAUGCUCAGCUCCAGAGACAACAGGCAACUGAUGGUUCCCAAGACCAGCAAGGAAAAUGUCUUUUGAGCCCUAGAAGUUUGGGUAGUACUGAUUCUGGUUAUUUCUCUCGUUCUGAAAGUGCCGAUCAAACAAUGAGCCCACCAGCUCCUUUCGUAAGAGGAUUGCUGACCUCUGAGAAAGAUCCAAAUAAAAGCCUGCCCUGUGUGCCGCGAGCAAGUGGCGUGGUGGCAUCAGUGGUACAAACUGUUUGUGCUGAAAAAAAUCUGAUUCUCUCUGGCCAAAUGCGACCUCCCAUGGCAACAAAAACCCUUGAGGAGCGUAUCUCAAAGUUAAUUUCUGAUAAUGAAGCUGUUGUGGAUGACAAACAGUUAGAUAGUGUGAAACCAAGAAGAACAUCUCUUUCAAGAAGAGGUAGCAUAGAUUCACCAAAAUCCUACAUAUUUAAGGAUUCUUUCCAGUUUGAUUUAAAGCCCAUGGGAAGAAGAACUAGCUCAAGCUCUGAUAUACCAAAGUCUCCUUUUACACCCACUGAGAAAUCAAAGCAAGUUUUUCUUCUUUCUGUACCAUCCCUUGACUGUUUACCUAUAACACGAAGUAAUUCUAUGCCUACUACCAGUUACUCAGCAGUACCUCCAAAUGUAAUACCUCCCUCUCAUCCCCUUCGAGGCAGUCAGUCAUUUGAUGAUAAAAUUGGCUCUUUAUAUGAUGAUGUUUUUGUAUCAGGACCUGCCACUCCACUGAGCCAAGGUGGACAUCCUCGGACCCUUGUUAGACAGGCAGCAAUAGAAGAUUCUUCUACCGGUGAAAGCCAAGUUCUUGGACCAGUGCGAUCUGUAGAAGAAAGUUACCUGGGGUGUAAUUUAGCAAAUGAAUCUUUAUUGCAAAGGAGCAAGUCCCUGGCACAGGGAUCAAAUUUAGAAAAAGCAAAAAAGUCCCCUCAAGUGCGAGGAACAAUGUUUGAGUGUGAAACCUGCAGAAACAGAUACAGAAAACUGGAAAAUUUUGAAAACCACAAGAAAUUUUAUUGUUCAGAGUUGCAUGGACCUAAAACUAAAGCAGCAAUCCGAGAGCCUGAGCAUAAAACUGUUCCAAACAGUACACAACCUCAAAUUCUACACUACAGAGUCACUACUUCAACUGGUGUCUGGGAGCAGACACCCCAGAUAAGAAAAAGAAGGAAAAUGAAAAGUGUUGGCGAUGACGAUGACCCACAGCAAAAUGAUACGAGCAUACCAUCAAAGAAUGCAGAAGGCCAAAGUAAGCCAGCAAAUUCUCCCAGUCUGUCAAAACACAGUGUGGCGACAACAGUGGUAGGAUCACAACAGCCAAGCAACCUGCUACUUCAGAGUUCACAAAUUCAGCUUGUGGCUCGAGGCACAGAUCAGACUUCUGAGCCAAAGAUGGCUCCACUCAUUGAAAAGCAAGCAAGUUCAGUUGUGCAAGAAAAGGUGGAGUUGAAAAGACAAGGGACGGGCAUUUCAGUAAUACAGCACACCAAUUCACUGAGCAGAAAUAGCUCGUUUGAGAAAUCUGAGCCCUUUGAAAGAGUAUCACCAGUUUCUUCUCAAGAGCCCAACAAAGUUGCGAAGCACCGCUCUUUGAAUAGAGUUGUAAUCCAAGAGGAUAGACACUCUCAUCUGAAUACUCCCCAGCAUCAUCAGCCCCUGUCAUCAGAAGCACCUAGAGGCGAAGUUCAGGGAAGCCUUAUUUCUAAUGAGAGAAGUGCACCGCUUCAGCCGUCGAGACUUGUUCGCCAGCAUAACAUCCAGGUUCCUGAAAUACUGGUCACAGAAGAACCAGACAGGGACCAAGAAAACCAAUGCAGCGAUCAGGAAAAGACAGAAAGGUUUAAUUGGCCGCAGCGCAGUGAAACGCUGUCAAAAUUGCCAACAGAAAAGCUUCCACCGAAGAAGAAAAGAAUUCGCUUGGCUGAGAUGGAGCAUUCAUCUGCCGAAUCAAGUGUUGACUCCACGCUUUCCAGAAGCCUAAGUCGUGAGAGUAGCUUGUCUCACGCCUCCAGUUUCUCAGCUUCACUCGAUAAAGAUGAAACUUUGAAGGCUGAGAACCCCUCCAAAGCAGAGCCUGUUAGUAAGUCAUCAGAGUUCCUCAUGAUUCCCACUGGCUCGCACGCACUGGCUGUGCCUGGCCCUCAUUACCGAGAAAUGAGACGUGCCGCCUCGGAGCAAAUCAACUGCACGCAGCCGUCAAUGGAGGCUAUGGACUACAGGAGUAAGUCUUUUGACUGUGGAAGCAUGUCUCUGUCAAAACCUGCCUCGCUCACAGAGAUAGCCGCUCCGAAAGCAUUGUCUGCAAAUGGAGUUACUGGACACGUGCCUCUGCUAGAAAGGAGGAGGGGGCCAUUUGUUAGACAAAUAUCUUUAAAUAUUGCUCCAGAAAAUAAUCAGCCUCAGGUUAAAUCGACUUCUUCAUUUCAGAUAACUCACGCUAUGGAUGUGCCCACAGUGCCAUUGCACAGGCUGCAGACCUCUGGCAGAUCUUCAGUGGAGUUUCCUUCAAGUACUCAGCAUUCACAGACUCACUCCAAACCUCACUCAGCAGUUCAAAAUUGCAACCCUGUUAGCCUGUCUUCAAUUCAGCAGCCUCUAGAUCACGUGUUGAAUAAUCAAGGACAGCCAUCCUCAACUCAUCAGCCUUCCCAGCCAUCUACUAAAACAUCAGCCCAAGGGGAACAAGUGAGCAUAUACACGCUCUCUUGUCAUUCUGAUGAAAAAAAGGAUUGCUUUGCUCCAAAGUAUCAACUUCAAGUUAAAACAUUACAUAUAGGUCAGCCAUACUCUUCUAAAUUGCUGAAAAAUACUUUAUCAACCCAGACAGUUCCAAGUCAAGUUGGGGUGGACCAGAAUGCGUCAUCCUUUGAAUUGCAGACUAAACUGUCUGACAUGUCUAAUCCAUACCCCGUGCCUCCUCUAAAGCAAAUUGUCCCUAAUAACUGCAGCAGUCAAAUACAUCAGAUUCCUCCUUUUGUGGUUCCCGUCCGUAUUCACAGCAGUAUGCCAUCCUAUGGCUUUGCAACUGUUACACCCCUUCCUCACAUUUUAGUGACCCAGGAUCAGGUACAUCAAUCUGUUUGCAAAACAAAUGUUGCGACAGUGCCAACACUUGAAGGCAAAACUCAGCCACCAAAAUCUCACAAAGAUCAUCAGAGGACUUUGCCAAAUUCAUUUGAAUUUGAGAAUUCACUACCAGAAAGUGGAACCAGAAAUUCACCUUUGUCGAGCUCUUUGAAUAUUAUUCAGAAAGUUCCAGUUAGUGGACUCUUCCCUCAACAAGAAGCUACAGCUUCAAGUAAACGGAUGCUUUCCCCAGCCAACAGUUUAGAUAUUGCCAUGGAAAAACAGCAAAAACGUGUUAAAGAUGAGAGUGGAGCUGCUUGUAUGGCAGAUGCUAGACCCUUGCAUUCGCUGAACGUUAGAUCUAAUGACCCUACCAGUAAGCAGAAGAAACCGGUUUUGGUAAGACAGGUUUGCACCACAGAGCCUCUUGAAAAUCACCUCUUAGAUCCCGAUCGUAUUGCACAGCAUGAAAAAAGCAGCAAAGCUAGCACUUCAGACCUGCUGUUGCCUGACCAUCAUUCAUCUGACGCUGGGGUUUCAGAAGCCCGAAAGGAGUCACCAGAAUCUGAAGGCCUUACGUCUUCAGCAUCGUCUGUGUUUAUAGUUAGAAAACCAUCUGAAUUGUCUCCAGUAAAUAAUCAGAGUUCUGUUCUCAAGGCUGUCAGUAGCAGUCAAGAAAGAAGGUCUCCAGGUAACAGUAAUGAGAGCAAGCAAAUCAAUAGCCAGUGUCAAGCAAAGCCUGUAACUACAUUGGCUGCAAUGAACACAGGAGAAAUGCAGAGGUUGUCGUUUCCAAGCCUCAAGACCUCAACAAGUUUUACCUGGUGUUACCUCCUGAAGAGAAAACCAUUGCAUCUGCUGCAAAACGAUCAGAAAAUCUCAGCCUAUUCUACUUGGACCAUUAGUCCCAACAAUCCCAAUCCGCUUGGUUUGUCGACAAAGGUAGCUCUCUCCCUCCUCAAUUCGAAACAAAAAGUUGAAAAACCACUUUACACUCAAGCAAGAACUACUCAUCCCAGAUCUGAUGUAUUGGUCUAUUCAAGCAAGUGGAAGAACAGCUUAACCAAGCGAGCAUUAAAUAGAAAAAAAUUGACUGCAACUGAAUUCAGCAAUAAGGAAAACACUGAAUCAAGCACUGAGCACGAUAAAGAAAACUCCUUUAUCAAAACUGAACCAAGAAGAGUUAAAAUAUUUGAUGGAGGGUACAAGUCGAAUGAAGACUAUGUAUAUGUUCGGGGGAGAGGGAGAGGGAAGUAUAUCUGUGAAGAAUGUGGGAUACGUUGCAAGAAACCCAGCAUGCUGAAGAAGCAUAUUCGCACACAUACCGAUGUCCGUCCUUACCACUGCAAUUACUGCAACUUUUCCUUCAAAACUAAAGGAAAUUUAACAAAACAUAUGAAGUCAAAGGCACAUAGCAAGAAAUGCAUGGAUUUGGGAGUCUCAGUAGGCUUAGUAGAUGACCAGGACGGAGAAGAAGAAUUUGGUGAGAAGCAAAGAUUUGGUUAUGACCGGUCAGGAUACGAUGUGGAGGAGUCUGAUGGUGCGGAUGAAGAUGAAAAUGACAAUGACGAUGAUGAUGAAGACAGCCAGGCUGAGUCAGUCCUAUCCACAACCCCCUCGGUGACGGCCAGCCCCCAGCAUCACCCCUCUCGACACGGCCUGCAGGAUGCCGCCAGCACCGAUGAAGACGUCAGGCUUCCAGACUGUUUUGCUGGGGUUCACACGGACUCUAUGGAUGGUCUGCCAAAAGCACUGCUGACGAAGAUGACCAUCCUUAGCGCGGUACAGUCAGUUAGCAGGACCUCCAGGUCACCAGCAGAGUUCACCCAUCAGGAAGCACAUGAGGAUAAAGCCCAGGAGAGAGGAAUGGGUCCCCAUAGUGCUAGUGCGGCACUGGCGGACGUCACUCCAACAUCUCCAGGUCGCCAGAUGUCUGUAGAUUACCCCGAUCCAGAAACAGCCUUGGGCCACUCCUUGAUAUCAACUGCAGCUCUUGCAAAGAGCACACCCUCCGUCAGCUCCCCCUCCUCGCCGGCGGACCACAGCAUGCAGACGACAGCGCCAUCACCCUACACCGACACCCCAGAGGAGAAGCUGGCUGGGUGCCCGCAGCACGCCGCCGAGCUGAGGGCUCCCCAGACUCACCUCUUCAGCCACCUCCCCCUGCACUCGCAGCGGCAAGCCAAGGCACCCUACGGCACCGUACCGGUCGGGGGGAUUCAGGUGGUCCCUGCCGGCCUGGCCACCUUCGUUCCCAUCCAGGCGGGGCCGGUGCAGCUCACUAUCCCUGCCGUUAGCGUGAUUCACAGAACUACCAGCGCCCUCGGCGAGACAGGUGGCGCAGCUGCCGCCGCCGCUACGAAUCCCGUGGGCGUCGCCGAAGUGAACAGCGUCGUGCCGUGCAUUCCUAUAGGACAGGUGAGCGUGCCGGGCAUCCAGGGUCUCGGCACACCCAGCCUGCAGCCUCUGCCACCGCUGGGCAUGGAGACAGUGAACAUCUUGGGCCUGGCAAACACAAACAUCGCCCCGCAGAUGCGUCCUUCGGGAAUUACCCUGAAUGCCGUGGGUCUCCAGGUUUUGACCGCUGGCGCGGCCCCGCAGGGCAACCCCAGUCCACAGGCUCACAUUCCCGGCUUGCAGAUACUGAACAUUGCCCUGCCGACCCUCAUCCCUUCCGUCAGCCCUGUUGGCGCUGAGGGGCAAGGAGCCUCCGAAGGGCCUGCCUCAGGCAGCAAAGCCUGCGAGACGCAGCCGGAGCCGGCUUCUGUUGGCUUCCCUGCAGCUGAGGUCGGCCAAGCCGGCGGGGCUACUUCUCCGGCAGCAGCCAGUGGCCAGCGGUACGGCGGGAAGAGCCAUCCUGAGCCCACCCCGCUGACCGACUACGAGCGACCCAACGGUCCGGGGAAAGCGGAUCCCGAAAAGACUGACCUCGCGAACCCCACCAAGCCAAAGCGUGACAUCCCUUCCCUCCAGGUGAAGCGGGCUGCCCCAGCAGAGCCCCGCCCCAAGGCGAAUCCCGACGCGUUAACCAAGUCCCCGGUCCACCAAACUGUCUCCCCGGACAGACAGGUACACAGGCCAGCCCCCUUGUCCCGGCGGCAAAACACGGUGCAGUUUAGCGAUGGCAGCAGUGACGAUGAGGAUAGACUUGUAAUAGCAACCUAGUUUUUUGUUUUUUGUUGUGUUUUUAUUUUUAUGUUUUGUUUCUUUUUUUUUUUAUAACACUUACAGGUUUCUUUGCAAACCUUCCUUUCCUUAAAGCACAUUUUUCUGACACAAACCCAUUACUAAUCUUCGUGCAAUCAUGAACUCUUGACCAAUAAUUGUUGUUUCUUGUCAGCUCCAGCCAUUUUUGUACAUGUUGUAUAGACAAUUGUGCCUUUUUGGAGUUUUAUGUUUAGAAACCUGUACAGAUUGUUGAAUAUAUAUAUAUAAAAUAUAUAUAUAUAAAAUAUGUAUAUUAAAACCAGGUAGUUGCUUGUGUUUAGUAAGUAAACAUCCUAUGUCAGAUAAAUAAAGGAUUAAAUUAUAUGUUGCACUGUUAAAUGUAAAUUUUUAUGGCUGUGGGACAAAGUUUCGGUGUACAGACCUAGUAUGUAAAACUCCAUAUUUAUUGUAUCCAUAUUAGUCUUGGAAAAGGGUCUGUCCAUCUUUCUUGUGUAAGACGGUAGCUUUACACUUAAAAGAGAAAUACAGUAUCUGUGUUAUGAAAUAUUACAGUAAAAUUUUGUUUACUGACUUUA